AUGAACCUCGCGUUGGCCAUGGGCAUCUCUACAGAUAUAUAUAUCGCCCCUGACGACGAAAUGCAAACUCUCCCGCUCCUCUUUUCUCCGUCCUCCAACGUCCCUUCUGCCCGUCGUCUCUGCAUAAAUCCUGGCCAGAAAAAGGCCUCCAGGCGAGUGAUGUAUGACGGAGCAGAGUACGAGGAUGCAUACGGGAUGGGAAGGAUGGAUUGGCCGUUGGAUGAACCUCUCGAUCUCGUUCCUUCCGACCAGUGGGACGAGAACCCACGUUCUCCUUCUCCCGACGCGCUCGAACGCGAAAUAUGCUCGAAUUUCACGUGCUGUGGUCUGACCAUCCCCGACAUGCACGACCUCCUCGCCCACUUCGAAGACUCACACGUCUUCGUCCUUUCAAAAGAACACUCCGCAUCCGACGCUCAUCCAUCCUCCGUUCUUGCUUCGCAGACGUCUCCUCCACUUCAUUCCCACCAGAACGACGAAUACGAUCCCGAACCCUUCGUCCUCUCCUACCCCCAACCUCGCGCGCUCCCUAUUCCCAGUCCCAUUCCCUCGCUCUCCUCGGCGACACAAACUCUUCCUGACCUUGGCGUCUGCAUCCCCUCCGGCUCUCGUCCCUCGACGCCUGAGCUGAGCGCCGCCGGUUCCGAUUCAGAUCUAAUCUCCUCUUCGCCCUCGUCUGCGUUCUCUCCUCUAUCGCCAUUUAUCCCGUAUUCGUCUGCUUUCUCCCUCGCGCCGAUGUCGAACGGUUCCAUGGACGAGUUUCUCCACUCCACUUCGCUGUCUCGGGUCGACCGUUUACAUCUCGACACGGACGGCACCAUGUCGAUAUAUGCGCACGAUUUCUCGCCUUUCGACGCUGUCGCCCAGAGGCAGAUAGAAGACACAACGCUCGAAAUACAAACAGACCUUCCUUCCGACCCUUCGCAUUUUCCGACAAUCCUCAGCCUCCCACCCGCUUCGUUCUCUCUCCCCCCCUCGACCUCCGCUCGCACUAGACCCACACCGGCAGCAAAGGCUAACAAGGCUAAGAAGACAGGAUCGGGUACGGGGAGUGGUCGUGUCCGAGACAUUGGGAGGCGAGAAUGUAUACGUGGGAAGUUGAAUGCGGGCUCUGGUGGAGGUGACGGUGGACUAAGACUUGGAACGAAAAUAAAAAGAGGCGCUCAGGGAAAGUCCGUCUCGAAGACUACGAAUACGAAGGAGAGGAUCAUCGCGGGAUCGGGAUCGGGAUCGGGAUCGGGGUCAGGUUCGGGUUUUAGUUCGGUUUCGUGUGGCGCUGCUGCUGUGGAAGUGGGAGUGGAUGUGAGACAGGGAGGUGAUGAAAGAGUAUCAAACGACGAGCUCCACCAAACUUCGUACAUCCAGACGGCGGACGCACCAUCGCAGGCCUCGUAUACGUAUACGUAUCCGUAUCCUUCUAUCGAGCAGCAGGACCGUUCUGAGGACAUGAAUCCGGACUCCUACCUCAACCCAAACGGUCUCAAAUAUCAUCUCGAAAAAGGAACGUGUACCGUCCCUCGAUCUCGGGCGUCAUUCCCUGCACCGGGUACUUCCUCGACGACUGCCCCGAAUUCUUUCACUACGAUUGCCAUGGACUCGAACGGUAUCCCCGCCGUCGCCACCCACAUUGCUCAAUGUCCUAGCACAUAG